AUGAUACGGGUUUUCGUUAUGUUCAUCGCGUCAUCCACUCCUCCCACGUGGAACGUCUGCGUGAAUGAUCGCACUCCAGCAAUCAACGAAACGAAAACCUCGUUAGGAAACAAAAACCUCAUUUAUGAUAGAUUUCGACUUCGAAAUAAGAAGCUUCUAGAGAACUACUUUAUCACCAUGCUAUCGAAAAUGAGUUUGGCUUUGCUCAUGGUAGCGAUCGGCUGCUUCGUAUUCACAGAUGGGUGUCGACCGACAGCGCCGGGACAACGAAAGAAACUCGCAAGACAACGAGAAGCAGCAGCAGCAGCCGCCGCAGCAGCGGCCGCCGCAAGCUCCGGUUCAUCAAGCUCUGGUUCAUCAGGCUCUGGUUCAUCAGGCUCCGGCUCAUCAGCGGUCCCACCUGGAGGUUCAUUGGCUGGCACAGGAUCUGGCUCAAUGAUGGUGUCGUCAAUGUCGAUGACAAGUUCUAAAGAAAAGAUGGGAGAUAACAGUCAAAGCAGAAAGAGAAGAGGAGCAGGAUUCAGAAGAGUGAUGUCGAUUGGACGAAUCGAAUAG